AGUAUCCGUACGUUUUAAACUGGUGCAUGUAUGCGCGUGGUAUAUAGGUAGACAUUUAAAGUUAAGAAAUCGAGUUGUCAUAAUAUAAAAUAGUCCCCACCAUCCUGCAAAAUAAGCAACAGCAGCAGCAGCAGCAGCCCACAAUUUUCCCAUUACCUGCGAGCGCACAUGUUUCGUGGUGGACUCACUCUCACUCUUGUGCACCUCGUCGUUCGUAAACGUCUAUCAGUGCUGUGAGGGCACUCGGCUAGUGGCGUACUUUGGUUUCUGGUUUUUAAAUUUAUUUUCACUCUGUCGAAAAAUCAAAGCUCUCGAACAACGAUGGCUGGUCUACAGUGGACUUUGCUGAUUGUCGCUUUGGUGAAUCUAGUCAACGGACAAGUGGUCGUGCAGAGUCCUACUGCCAGUGGCCCAGGCAGCCUCGAGCCCGAAUUUGAAACACCCGAAUACGUCAUACCGUGCAGCCGAGCGGACAACAAACUAGACGCCUGCAUCCAGAGGGCAUUCAAUCACAUAAGACCGUACCUCGUGAAAGGAAUACCUGAACUGAGUCUUCCGCCGAUCGAUCCACUCGUGAUUCCUGAAUUAAAAAUAGAGAAUGGCCAGGGCGCGGUGCGAGUCAGGGCAUUGUUUUCCAACAUCACCUCGUUCGGCGCCGGCAACUACUCGAUCAAUAAAGUACGAUCGGACUUGAGGACUCUGAGAUUCGAUCUGCAUCUGGGCAUACCGAAAAUCGAGCUCAACGGACAGUACGACAUCAACGGAAACGUCCUGCUCUUCCCCAUUCAGAGUCAGGGUGACUUCUGGGCAAUGUUUGGUGACGUGCACGCGAUUGCUCGCGUUCAGGGAGUCGAGGAAAAGCGCAACGGAGUUCGCUACAUGAAGAUCGGCCGACUAUUGAUCGACUUCAAUUUAGCCAAAGCUCGUUUCCGCAUCAACGACAAAGUCAACGGUAACAACGUCAUCGGCCAGGCUAUGAAUCAGUUCCUCAAUCAGAAUGCCAAGGAGAUCAUCGAGGAGAUGCGACCAGCGGCCAGCGCCAGUAUAGCCAAACACUUCAUAUCGUUCCUCAAUCAAGCCUUCACUCAAAUGCCCAUGAAAGUCUGGCUUCACGACACGUAGAUCACACACAACUGCCUGUAGUUUAAUCGAAAUUCUACGUAAGCUCGUGGAAGCUUUUUUCAUUAUUAUAAUUUCGUAUCACGUGCGAAAUUAUUGCAAUUCGAUCGGAGCUUUCGAGACUUUCAUGAACUACGUACCUAAUUUUCUUGAUUUAAUCAGCUUUUAGUAAAUAAUUUAUUAGAAAUGUAUCAUCUCGAACGUACGUACACUGUAUAGGCAACUUUUUUAAUUAGAUAAACAACUCGGAGCAUUGAAUUUUUCAUCGCAUAAUCGGAUACAAGCUUGCAUCAGUCAUUUCUCUUUCUGUCUCUUUCGUACUUAUAUCUCGCAUCAAAUAAGAAAUUACAUCAGAUUUAUUUGUCUCGUUUGAAGAAAAAAAAUUCUCUGCAAGUGUAGAUUAUUUUUCGCAAUUUUAAAAGUAUCUAAGAAGUACAUAAAAUAUAUCUUCACGCAUUAAAUUUUAACGGCGUUUGCAGUAUUGUUGCAGCCAUAAUCAUUGUAAUGGGGAGUUAACGAGACGAUUGAUUUAUACUCAAGUUUUAAUUUUUUCUAUGCGAAACGCAGUGUCGCAAUAUCCAUCAUAAAUUUCAAAGAGAUCACUUUUUUUAAUGUAGUAUUAUAACUAUUAUUAACAGUUUUUUGUAAUUUAUUCGUAAAAAAUAUAUUACAAUCAUCUUUAGGACUAUAUAUAGGUGUUUCGACUCGUGGUUUAACUUUAUGGACGUUAACCCUGAUCGAUGCAGCAUCACCAACAGUUUUUACAGUGUUGUAUAAAUAAGUUUUUAUUUUAUCCUUGAAAAGACUUUGUUGUAAAUAUAGAUGUAUUGAAAAAAAUUGUACUUUUAAUUUAAAUAAAAACGUCGAUGAAAUUUCAAA